AUGGAAGUGCGAAAAUGGGAAGACCUAAACAUGGAUUGUUUGGUGAAUGCAUUUGGGAGAUUGGGAGUAGAGUCCAUGCUAUUUGACGUUCCCUUUGUAUGCAAGUCAUGGUACAACGCAACUCUCGAUCCUUUAUGCUGGCAGCAUCUUGAUUUUCCACGUGAAAUCUCACACUCCUUCAAAUCAAGAUUAGUGGAUAAAUAUGGAUUGGAGAGGUUUGACACAACUGGAUUGAUUAAGUUUGUUGUCAAUCGUAGUAGUGGAUAUGCCGUUUCACUAGUUCUUCCCAGCAGUUCUACUAAAGAGACAUUGAUUUGUGCCGCAGAAGGGUGUCCUGCCUUAAAAUUUUUGACGCUGUCUUGUCUACUCGAGAAUGACACCGUUGAAGCGUCCUUUGUUGCAAGUCUUAUAAGAAAGUGGAGAAACUUGCAGAUGCUAAGGCUUGGAAGCGGCUUUGAUACGGAAGAAAUCCUUACCCAAGUCAGCCUUCAUUGCAAGGAUUUUGUUGAUUUUGGCCAUUUCAGAUUAAGUAGUUCCAAUUCCAUAUCCGUGAUAAGAGAUGACGAGAUAUGGGUUAUAGUCACCUUACUGCCAAACCUCGAGUACUUGGAUCUAAGGCGGACGAAUCUACAUUGGCUGAAUCUUGAGAGGAUUUUGAAGCGCUGCAAAAAACUUGUGCAUCUUGACGUUAGGGAUUGCAUAGGUUUCGAGGUUAAUGAGAAGAUAUUGAAGCUUGCGAGGGUUCAAGAGCGCGGCGUCACCCGAACUCGAGCGAUGAUGAAGACUGUGGUUAUAUUUUACCUAGACAUAGUUUUGAUGACAGCUCUGAUGAUAAUGAUCACAACUUUGAUGAUGGUCACAGCUCAGAUGAUAUUGAUUUCGACUCCGAGUAGGCAUGUGUUAACAAAGGACAUAUUAACUCACAAGGAGCAAGAGCUAAAGCAAGAGAAAGCAGAAAAAUCCAAGUCAUAA